CCCAGGAGCAGUGACUGUAGGAGGGCUGCCAGUCCUCCUGCUCUAUUUACAUGCACCUCCAGCUGAGGCCAAGUUGUCCACACAGGCGUACCUUGGACCAGUCGCAAGUGACCAAUGGAGCCACAGAAAAUGUACCAGUAAGCAAUCUACCAGCACAGAUAUAUCAGUUGCAGAUUCUAGCCUCUGAACUGAAGUCUGGUUUCACAGAGGCAAUGCAGGAGCUGUCCAGGAUACAGCACGGAGAUUAUCCACUAGAGGAUAAGGCGAAGAGCUGCCGAUGUACAAUGGAGGAGAAAGUUACAGAAUUGAAAAACUCCCUUAACAAUGUAAAGGAAGAGGUGAAUACAGCUAUGGCAAUGAUCCAUGCAAUCAUAGCUAAACAGGAGGAAAUGCAGCAGAAAAUUGAGCAGCUUCAACAGGACAAGAGAAGAGAGUCUCGGAAAGUAAAGAAUAAAAGGAUACAGAAGGAAGAACAUAUAUCACAAACUCCAGCACCACAGAAUGGUACUUUUCAGUCGGCGAACCACUCUGAGCCGGUAAUGGUUAAUCACCACUACAAUGAUCUGAUGCAGAGUUCCCCGUAUGAGAAAGCACCUAUAACCAGGUCAGAAGCUGCCAACGAAAGCAACUUAGCAGGCGUCACAUCAAGCACAACUCGGGCCUCUCAUGAAGAAACAGACGACAGUUACAAGUCUUCUACCUCCAUCGAACCACAGUCUCGGGUUUACAUGCCAUCCCUUAUAUGGAGACUGCCAAAAGAAGGGAAACAGUGGGAAGAAGAACAUGCUGCAAAGGAUCAAGGAGACAGGUCGAGGGACAUGGCCCAGAGCAGAGGUCCACCUGUGGAGAAUGUAUUAAGUGAACCUACAGUGCUGGCAAGAAGGCAAAGUGCUGCCAAAGAUCUUCUGGAAUCAGAGAGAAAAUAUGUCCUGAACUUGUCUCACAUUUUGAAGAUUCGAGCCUCUUUGCAAGGGUCUGACAUGAAGAGGAGCAGCAAGGAGAGAAGUUUUUUCCCCAGUUCCUUGCGGAAUUUGAUCCAACAUCACCUGGACCUGCUGCACAUACUGCAGGAGAGAGUCCUUAAAUGGUCCCGACAGGGAAUCCUCGGAGAUAUAUUCUUGAAGUUAACUAAUGACGAGAAUACUUUUUUGGACUACUAUGUUGCUUACUUGAAAGACUUGCCAGAAAGUGUUUCCGUGAUUCAUAUUGUGGUUCUUAAAGAGACUGAAGAAGAUAUUAAAUCGGAUCUGUACAUAUUGCUGUUUCAUGUCGUCCAACGCAUUCCAGAAUAUCUCAUUCUCUUACAGAAUAUCCUGAAAUACACCGAACAGGACCAUCCAGAUUAUUACUUAUUACUUGUGUGUGUACAGCGCCUUCGUGUUUUCAUCUCGCACUACAGCAUCUUGUUUCAGUAUAACGAAGACCUGCUUAUUCAGAAAAGGAAAAAACUAAAGAAGUCCUCCCUGAUAAAACUAUACAAAGGACUUGCAUCUCAGUGCUCUGGAUCGAGUCAAGAAGCUCCACCCAGUAUGAGUAAUGUUGUGAACGUCAGGGAAACUACCCUUCAGUCGGAUGAGACACAUCAACCAUACCAAACAGUGCCAAGUUCCAGCUCUUCUGUGACGCAUUUGGUGCCUCAUAUGAAAAAAAGCAGACCAACACCUAUUGAAAACAUACAAUCCUUAAAGUCCUCUGAGUGGGAGAUAGAUGGACCGAAACAUGAUAGAUCUGAGAAUGUAUUGGUACCAACUCCAUUCCCUGCAUCAGACCAAGAACUGAACUCUUUAAUGACACCUUUGCAGUCAAUCCCAGAGAUGGAAUAUGAAAACACUUCUGUGGAUGCAAUGCUUGACACGGAAAGGUCUAUUAGAGCAUCAAACAAUAUUUUAGCUGAUGGCAGAUUUGCACCAAGUUAUGAGGAGUUUGAAUAUAGUGGUGAAAUAGGAGUGUCUGCUCCUUUUGAAGAAGAAUCUUUUCCAAACCGAGCUUUAUUUGAGUCUUGUUCUGCUGGCUCUUCCGAGUCUAGUCUUGAUAUUUGCUUCUUAAGACCCAUCAACUUUACACUUGAGUCUAACAGAGCAGAACGCUCAGUUCAGCCUUUGGCUAGAAGUUGUAUUUCACCUGUGAGCAACAGCAGUUAUAGAAAUGAAGGUAUUCAUGCAAAAAACAAGCCUCUAAGCAGGUCUCUGAAAGAGUUCCCUAGGAAUCAAGAAGCUUUGGCCACCAGACUCUACAGUACCAGAAGCACCAAUGCAAACAGAAUGCAGUUAAGGCAGGAUCGAAACAACCAAUCACAUGGCCUGCCAUCUUCAUCUCGUAGCACUCAUAGACACUUUUAUAUUCCUCAGAGACCUUAUGCUGAUAGCAGAUCUCUUUUAGAGGAUAUUCACAUGGAUGGAAAUGCGAGAUUUUACCAAAAGGAUGAAACUGAACAAACAUCUUUCAGUGAGCACCACCCGAGGUCAGAUCAGAAGGGCGGUUUCCGGAGCUCGUUCCGUAAGCUAUUUAAAAAGAAGUCAAGUGGACUAGAAAACAAGGAGAAAAUGAGUGAAAAGUCAUCAAUUGACCAAUCACCAACAAGACAAGACAUAUUCAGAACUCAUUCUGCUCUGAUCAAUGAACUGGAUCGAGGCACGGCUGUCUGACAGACAGAGACAGAUAAUACAUCACAGAACAGACAGGAGGCCACUAAUUGGUGGGAUCAUCCUCUCUGAGUUACAGUUACUAUUUGUAUAUCAGGUAUCAGAACACCUAUGUUUUAGCUUGUGUGUUAUGCACUAGCACAAUGAUUCUUUACAUUUUUUGAGAGGGGCCCAGGUUAUUUAUGUGAAAUUUGCUUACUGGUUACUUAUUCCUUGAAGGACACUAUAGGCACAUGAACAACUUGCAAUCUCACUGCUGAAUUCUCUGCCAUUUAGGAUUUUAAAUCACUUUUGCUUCUGUCCAUGCUGCGCAUGCACACCUCCCCUGGCUGUUACUCACGCAGGCUGC